ACAGUUCCUCCGUAAUUAGCGACAUUUUUUAAACAACUGUGUGUAAAUUAUGCAUUUUACAUGUCGAUAACACUACGUGUUCUAAAGUGUUUAGAAGUGUCGUGCACGAGUGUUGUUGAUUUUUCUCGCGGAGGAAUCCAUGUGCAGCCGCUGGCUCCGGUGUGGAGGGUGAUUUGAAUCGCUCUCUGCUCCUUCUUUAUUUUUAUUUUACACGAACGUGCAUUUUGAUAUCAAUAGCGUUUUUAUUUAUGCCCGCGUUUUUACUUACGUGUAAAGGACAGACGUCGAUAUUAUUUAGCUUAAAUUUACAAGAUGGCCACAUUAGAGAUAACCACUGCAAGUCCAAAGGGGGAGCAGAAGGAGAAAGUGCUGUCUCCCUCAGAAGAGGCGAUCCCCCCAGUUUUAGAUGAAUCUUUACCCCCUCUGAAUUUCUCUGCGCUCACACCUUCUCAGUUUGGCAUCUCUGUCCAGAGCUUUACCCCAGCAUCAUCAACAAAUUGCAAAGAUAAGUCUCGUCUAGCACAAAUAAAAGCAAGGCGGAGGUCCAACAUUGGUGUCCGGGGCUCUCCAGAGACCAAUUCCCUCAUCCGCUUCAUGGCGCAACAGAGGAUGAAGACUCCACCAACCUCCCAAACUCCAGAGCUUGUCAGAAGUAGCCCCUUCCUUCCCCGGGUCGCCUCCACUCUGAGGCAGAAGAUGGCCUCCUUCCAGAGCCUGAUGGAUGUGGAGGAGAGUGACGCCUGUGAUCCAAUGCCAACGCAGGACAGCAACACUGGAGGAUGCAUCAAGACAAGAGAUUAUCUGUCUGAUGGAAACAGCUGUGGUGGAGGGAAGGAGAACAACCCACCGAUGAUGCCCACACCCAGCAAGAGGAGGCGUGUGGGCCCCCUCAACGGCUGUAGUGUUGAGAUUAAAGAGGCCAGCGCUCCUAUCCUUCACUCCAGUUGGAAGGAGCAGGAGGAUGGUGUCUUUGAACUCCAAAGCCCCAGCCGACCACCACCUGAUAAUCCUGCAGCUGCUUCAUCACCCCAGCGUUCCUCCCCCUUCAUCAUCCCGUCUCUCCCUUCUCUGUUUGAGAUGAAGCCUACAGGAGAGGAAGACUCCACUGGGACAUCCACAGUAAAGAAGAAGAAGCAGGUUCGCUUUGGCGGUCCACUCUCCCCUGAGUUCUUUGAUAAGGACCUGCCCCCUAGCACCCCGUUACAGAAAGGGGCUGCGCCGGCCCGAGCACCCACACCAGGUGGAAGCUUGCAGCUCCGCUCGGUGCUGAAGACACCGCAGAGAAAUGAAUCCAUUACACCACAAUCUCCACCAGACCUCGACAGCCCUACUGUGUUUGGUGCCUCCCCUGUGCUUGCAAUGCCUCGCAACCACAGAUUGCAAUCUGAGGGAGAGGAGACUGAGCAGAAGGAUGGAAAGAUUGUUUUUCCUUCAAUGGAGGAGACUGACUCUGCAGAGUGUACGUGGGAUGCCCAGCCGUUGAAUUUGAACACUGCUUUCUAUGAGGAGUCUCUUUCUCAGAUUGUGACAGAAUCUGACACCAAACCCAGUACAACCAUCCAGAUUAAUUACCUGGAUGAGCCUGCAUCCUACCCAGAGGAGGAGGAACUACCUGAAGCAGACGUUGAAGGUCCAGCUCCAGCCCAAUCCAGCAACAGGAGCAAAAAGCCAGGACCAGCACACGAAGCUACUGCUGGGACUGCAGCUCGCUCCAGCAGCAGAAAGAGAAAGCAGCCGGAGGAGAGUGAACCUGUGAAGAGGUCGACACGGUCUGCUGCCAAGUCAGCCUCUGGGAAGAUGAAGGCAACCUCCACAGCAGCUCGUCGCUGGAACAGGGAUGUGGACCGCUCGCUGUAUGGCUCACGUGCAUACGCCUCCAAGAAUCCCACUCUGAGUCCCAUCACCGAGAGGCUGUCAUUCAUCAGGCAGUCUCCAGCAGCACAGCAGACUCUUUCUAUGAGCUUCAUGGACGCAAAUCAGGAGACCCGCCUGAACCCUGAGAUGGCUACUGACACUCAAGUGAUAGCUGACCUUGCUGUGACAAACACCUUGGAAACUGCUUCACAAGAUCCUUUCACAUCUCCUAACUCUAGUGAAGAAAGUGCCACAGGGAAGGGCAGGAGGCUUUGUGGGUUGAGGGAAAGAAGAGGAGGGCUGAAGAAAAGGAAGGUCAGUGCUGCUGACAGUGACCUGACAAGUGAGGAGCUUCUAGAUCAGACUGGAGGAAAGACAGAGCAGCCCUGUGAAGAGCAAACCGCGACAAGCCUUGAGGUAUCAAGGGGAACCCCAUCAAAAGACACUGUGCCUGAACUGGGAGGUGUUGACACUGAAGAACUUUGUGCCCAGAUUUGUGCAGAUAUUCCCUGCACAGACUCAGAUGGGAAAUUAGAAUAUCAUGCACCCACCUCAGACUGCUCAACUUCAGCUAAAGAAUCCAGCAACACAAAAGCAGCACAAAGAAAAGCCAUAAAAAGCUCAGUCCUACAGGAGCAGCAGAAUCACCUAGAGGAGCACCAAACCAGCCAUGAAGGGGAGGAGAAGGGACAGGGAGAUCAAGCAGCUAGCCAGCAGGGAAACACUCAGUCAAGCUCUGCUAGCCAGGAGGACGGGGCUGUCUCCGAUGUAGCACUCGCCCCCUGGCAGGCUGAUUUCAAUUUUGAGGAUGUGUUCAAACCUGUAGCCACUAGAGGGCAGCGCUCAGUGCGCCGCAGCCUGAGGAAUCAGAGCAAGGCUGAGCACAGCAGCAGUGCAGGACUCGCCUGGCUGCCUCGUACGUCCCCGGACUCCAAUAAAGAGGCCCGCAGGAAGACCCGAGGCCGACGGCUCAGUGCUGCUCUACCUGUUCAACCUUCACUCCCCGAGGAGGCACAGAUCACCUCCUGAGAUCAUCUGGUUCUCUGAAUGAACUGAGAGUAAAAUAGGGUAACUAAUACAUUCAUUACACGGUCGUACAUCCCAACCUAUUUUCUUAAAAUAAAAUGAAAUGAUUUUCGAAAGAAGAGGCUGAUUGUUUUACAACAUUGAUGCUUUUGUUCUCUGUGAAUUAUCAGAGCUGACCAGUAAUUUGUGUCAGGUUUCCCUCCACUAACCAAGACAGUCAAUACACUGAGAGCCCAAUCAUCUCUGCUGACCACCUCCUAAUCAAUAUCCAACCACUCAGCUGGUAAUCACAGUGCAUCUUCAGCCUCUCCAAAGUCACUGGAUCAGGCAUCUGCAAGUCAAUAUCUACUCUAGUGGAUAGAUGAAGAUGGCUGCACUGCAUUCACCGUAUGUCAGCCAGUGGAAUAGUAAUGGAGGGAGAGAACAUGCUUUACACACAGAGCUCAAACUAAUAUGUUCAAAUAAUUCACGUUCUUUGUGAUUGCUGGGUUGCGGGGGUGUUUUGUUUGCUUUAUUCAUACGGUUGAGUUAGUAUAUUCUGAAUGACUGUUUAAAUCUGCCUUGAAAGAUUCUGCUUCUGAUGAAAUGCUUCCGUGUACAGACAACACAGUUGAGCAAAAUGUGCUCAUUUGAACAGAUGAUUUAGACUCAUUUGGAAGGAAUUCAUCCGUAUAAUAAAAUGGCCAUUGUGUCCACAAAUGUGA